GUACCAUGUCUGCACGACCCCGGCUGCAGUGACGGAUCUGGCCAUGGCGGAUGUCAAGCAGACCGAAGUGGCUGUGAAAUGGGCGCCGCCAAAGAACGACCACGGGGCACCAGUGAUUGGAUACAAGAUCUCCAUCCUGCUGGAUCCGCAGCCGAAUGCGCUGCCGGAGUGGUAUACUCUCUGCGAGUGCACCAAGUCCCUGAACCCUGUGUAUGUCGUGGCAAACCUCAAGGGCAAUACGGCAUAUCUUGUGGACGUCCGGGCCGUGAACAAGGUGGGUGCAGGAGACGCUGGUGAGUUCGAGAUAGUGACUGCACCAAUCCCUCCAGACCCACCGAGCAAGCCCUGGAUCGAGGAGGCGAGAGAUGGCUGUCUAAACGUC